AAACCCCAUAAUCCUUUCAAUCGUCUUAUACAUACCUUUCUGUAAACAAAUUUCAAAUUCAAUCUCUAAAAUGGAUAUGAUCACAAGAAUGGUGUCGGAGAGACCCGUGGUGAUAUUCAGUAGGAGUACGUGUUCUAUGAGUCACACUGUAAAGUCUCUCCUUUUGGAGUUUGGAGUAAACUCAUCCAUCUAUGAGCUAGAUGAGAUCCCCAAAGGCCGCGAAAUUGAGCAAGCCCUUUUGAGGCUUGGACGGAACCCUAUAAUCCCGGCCGUGUUCAUAGGAGGUGAAUUUGUUGGUGGAGCCACAGAGAUUAUUAGCCUUCACCUUCAACGGUCACUACAACCGAUGCUCAAAAAUGCAGGAGCUCUGUGGGUGUGAGCAUGGCUUUACUAAUAGUCCACAAGCGCUAAAUGAACUUUAGUCGCAUAGAUAUUAAGUUGGUCAUUUCAUCGCGUCAAGUUGAGUUAACAAUGAAGGCUUGUGGAGUUUUGAAACACACCGCACACGCAUAUAUAUAUAUAUAUAUAUAUAUAUAUAUAUAUAUAGUCGUAUACAUGAGAAAUCAAUCCUUCGGUUUCUUUGUAUUUUGGUUUCCCUUUUUUUCCUUUUAACUACUAGAGCUCUAUAGUUCAUCAAAUAUCCUCAAACUGUACCUGAUUAGCUCUAUACAUUUUGAGGCAAGUUCUUUUUUCGGAAUAACAAACCACACUACUUGAUUAAUGACACUUACAUGC